UGUAUCGUUUGAAUUCCCGUUUCUACACGAAAUUUUCGGGUUUCCUCGUCUUCGUUCGUCAUAGGUCAUUAUUUCGUUCGCAAACCACCCUCUGUUCUGCAGUUAUUUUUAAAUCACCCGCGGCGCAGAACUAUACAUCGAGAUUUGGAGAUUGCUUUUUUUCAAUGUUAAAGAAGCAUUCUUAAAACGAAUACAUACGAACAAACUUAUUUACUAAUUAAGCAGACAAAGCCGCGAAUUGUUUUCAUUUCGGUCUAUACGAUACAAGAAAUUUGUGUGGAUUUCAAUAUCUUCUGCAAAUUUUACACAAUGGCCGCUACGCAACUGAACAGGGCUCGAACUAUAAAGAAAAUCGAAAAACCUCGGCCGCUGAAGCGGAAUAUGACUAUGGAGGACAUAGUUUCCUUAAUCGACAAUGUUGCAACGCGACUAACCAAUGUCUUCCAUGACCAAACGCUACAAAUGAGUGUAGUUACAAUGUGUAAUCAUCUGAAACUCUAUGCCCAUCAAUUAGAAGCUAUUUACAAAGAUCAGCUGGAUAGAGCUUUUGUGGCAAUUAGGAAUGGAAGUCAGGACGAAAAAUUAGAUCUCACGACUAGGGUUCACCUGCUGGAACUAAUAGAACUAAGAGCUAAGCAAUGGCGCCACACCGAUUCCAUGGAUGUGUAUUAUACGCAAAAACUAUCACAUUUGGACAAUGCAGAAGCAGUUCCCGACACACCUACAAGCGUAUUAUUGUCACCUCUGGCAGUGUCUUCACCUAUUGCAGCACCUAUCUUAGGCCCUGGUGAAGUCAUAAAGAAUAGUGGCAAAUUCGUUAAACCAACACGUAUUCCUGGAAAGAACUACUGCAAAGAUGAAGUUGUUAUACGUAACAGCGAUUCUGGCAAAGUGAUGGGAAUAAAAGGGCGGCGGGUUCACAUGAUCGAAGAACUCAGCCAGACAAUCAUCUCCUUCCAGCGAGUAAACCCUGGAGCCAAAGAACGACUUGUCCAAAUCACGGGUACUUCCGAGGACAAGAUAUAUUAUGCGAAGGACUUGAUAAAAGAUACGAUUCAACGAAAUGCAUCACCGGUGAGAUUGGAGCAAGGUGGAGGAGAAAAGGGAGCUAUGGGAGGUUCGAGUUCUUCGUUAAAUAGCAGUGCAUCAGAUGAAAGCAACCGAUUGCAACAUCAGCAACAAAACUCUCGCGUACGUUCGCUCCUCCACAGCUUCUCCACCAACGACGCCAGUAUAGGCGAAUAUAAAUACACAGUUACAGUUGGUAACCAAUCCUUGAAGAUUACAGGAAGUAAUCUGGAUCUUGUUAGGACUGCUAAGCUGGUUUUGGAUGAAUAUUUCUUGGGAGAUUCUGAAAAUUUCACGAGCGGUAUAGAAUACUUUUUUGAAGAAGAGCCUGCUUAUUCUGUCUCGUCUUCCAACUUGCAAAAAACAUCGUUGACACCAAGUAAUAUCCAUGAUAUGAACCGAGAAUUGAUUAUGGACAGUUCAGCCACUUCUGAAAGCGAAGAAAUAUAUAAGCCACUAAUAAUUUCCGAAGCAAAUCCUUCGACUCAGGAAGUUCCAGAAGUCAGAGAACUCACGUACGAGUUUCUAUUGCUGUGUUCAACAGGUCCUUACGCUAAACGACCGCCUGCGGAUUGGGCUCGAAUUCAAAAGGAAUGUCCCAACAUUGUUCGCAAGGCACCGAUUCGCUGGUUCGAACCGGAAGCAUAUAAAGCUAAAGUAGCAGCUGCUGGCCUUGUUACGGUAUUGCCAAUUGGAGAAGGGGAAACCGAUCCAGAAUGAAGUUAAGAAAUUAACGUUUUUCAUCUUCGUGAAAUCGUAUGUAUUAAUAAUCUUUACAUCGAUUUUUAUUUCGAUGUAUUGUGAUAAAAUAAAAAAAAAGUUUAGCAUAAUAUUUGUUCGUCGGUGAACACACAAAUAUAUGCAAAUGCUAACAAACGAGCGAGAAAAUCGGUAUUGCUCUUUAAGUACAGUAAUAAGAAAUGUCUAGCAGAUAUAUUGCAAUAGAUGUUCAUAAAUCUGUGUAUGUUUACAUCUAAAUUUUCAUUGAAUAAUGAACACACUUUCUAAGCAUUUAUGCUUUUAUAUUACACAUUUAUACACUGCUAAUUCAGAAUGUCAUCGUUAACUUAUUUUUUAUUGAACACAAUAUGAUGAUGAACACAUUAUUAUGAAAGACAAUAAGCGCUUUGUACGAUGUUAGCAUAAUAGAUGAAGUAAUUGGAUUCACACACAUAGGACCUACGAAAAUAAUAUACAUAACGAUAUAUUAGUAUCCGUUGUUCAGAAAUAUUGUAACAGCAUUUUUAUUGACAAAUAUUAUUGUUAAUUAAAUAUGUUAUAUAUCAAUUCUGAAUGAGAAAAGGAAACAAGAGGAAACAAAGAUAACAGUAAUUUCACUAACAAAAGGAAUGUCCUAGGUAGAACUAAAAUUGAUCAUUUUAGAAUGUAAUUUACAUAAACAUUCAAGACAAUUUUUUCUAUGUAACACUCACUAGUUACAAUGUAACAAAAAUAACAGCUACUGAACCACAAACAGUGAUUUAGCCUAAUCUAGUCUACCUAUUUAAAAGUAGGAACUACCAUUUUGGUAAUUAUUCUGCUGUGAAAUAAUAACCAAAAAAAGGUUUCAUUUAAUCUCGAGAUUUUAUAUUUUAUAUACUAAAACGGUAAUGCUAUGUGCAGUAUGAUGCAUUAAUGCUGCGAGAAAAUGAAAACAGUAACGUUUUCCAUUUUCAGUCACUCACUUGUAGUUCACAAUUGCGUGGAUCAUCAUCAGUUUUAACUGUGGUGCACACCUUUUGAGAGAAAUUGUUUUAAUACUACAAUUGAUCUACGGUUGUGACUUUAUCGAAAUAUAAAACAUUAUCUUUAUAAUGUAUAUUUCAUAAUGUACUGCGAUGGCUCUGCCAUUUUUUUUUUAUUUAAGCUUGUAAUAUUUAUUGAAAGUGUUUCACUAGCCAGAAUGCUGUAACUUGAAAAUGUGUUACUACAUUUUCUCAAUUAUUCUAUAAUAUUUUUCUUCUCACUUAUUUAUUGUUUGUAUUUUUAAACAACUUUCUAUUGUUUCUUUUUUUGCGUUUCAUACGCCCAUUUAAUGGGUUUUCUGGCUUGAAACAUCAAUAAGAAGAAAAUAUUUUCAUUUAUUUAUUUAAUAUGAAAUGGAAAUCGUACUGCACGCAUAUGGGACGUUAUGUUUGUAAGUUUUUACAUCGUUUAAUAUUUAUUACAAAUUUUCAUGAUUAUUUGAAUUAAA